UGGGGGGAGGAACAGUGCCCCAUCGUUGGUGUCAGUGGGGGGGAGGAACAGUGCCCCAUCGUUGGAGUCAGUGGGGGGUGGAAUAGUGCCCCAUCAUUGGUGUCAGUGGGGGGAGGAAUAGUGCCCCAUCGUUGGUGUCAGGGGGGGGAGGAAUAGUGCCCCAUCGUUGGUGUCAGGGGGGGAGGAAUAGUGCCCCAUUGUUGGUGUCAGGGGGGGAGGAAUAGUGCCCCAUCGUUGGUGUCAGUGGGGGGGAGGAAUAGUGCCCCAUCAUUGGUGUCAUGGGGGGGGAGGAAUAGUGCCCCAUCGU